GAAGAAGAAAAGAGAAGCGAAGCCGACUGCAGCAUCCGCCGACGGAGCCAAGAGGAACCGACAAAAAGAACCGGAGAAAAAUGGCGUUCACAUUCGCGGCCUUUUGUUACAUGCUCGCUCUGCUGCUCACGGCGGCGCUUAUCUUUUUUGCUAUCUGGCAUAUAAUAGCAUUCGAUGAACUGAAGACUGACUACAAGAAUCCUAUAGAUCAAUGUAACACUUUAAAUCCGACAAUUGAAAAGGUCAAAAAGAUUAAAAGAGUCAAAAUUGCAUUAAAGCUGGUGCUGCCAGAGUAUCUCAUCCAUUUCUUCUUCUGCGUGAUGUUUCUGUGUGCAGCUGAGUGGCUCACCCUCUUUCUCAACUUACCACUGCUGGCUUAUCACGUCUGGAGAUAUGUGAGCAGACCUGUGAUGAGCUGUCCAGGACUCUAUGACCCAACCACCAUCAUGAAUGCUGACAUCCUAGCCUAUUGUCAAAAAGAAGGCUGGUGCAAACUGGCUUUCUACCUGUUGUCAUUCUUCUACUAUCUCUAUGGAAUGAUCUAUGUUCUGGUGAGCUCCUAAAGAAGUAGAGGGAAAAGAACCUGCCCGUACAGUAGAUGACCAGACACUAUGAUCCAAGUGCUGGAACACUGGACCUGCUGGAGACCACUGAUGAGCAGCACGAGCCAUCAUUUCAAGUGGAUGAGCCCCCCUCCCUCCCCCCAACACAAUGCUGAGAGUCAUUUUGGAAACUUUUACCCUCUUCAAGGACUGUAUCUUGGUCACAGCGUUCCCAUCACCGCAUUACUAUUUAAAAAAGAAAAGGAAAUACAGACGAAUUUCAACGGACAAGUUUGUUUUCCUUCCUUGAAUUUAGUUUUUCUUUAAUGCUUGAGAUUUAAAUAAAAUGUGUUUUCCAUCAUUGCUCCCUGCUUUUUAGUGUUUACAGAUUAGGAUUUGAGGUUUGCAUAUAUAUAUACGUGUGAAUCUAAACUGUGUGCUGAUCUGCUUUAGGUUUUUUCUGUGAACAGUCUGGAUUUUAACAGCUGAUGUACUCCAACCAUGCGGUUUAUUUUCUCACAGAUCUGUUGAAAUCUGUUCAGACAAAAAAUGGAUUGAAGGAAUAAUGUCGAACAGGAACACGGUAAACAGUGUUUCACACAGUCUUUAUCGUUUUUUUUAUGGGUUGUUUCCAUUUUUAAAAUCUACCAUGUCCAAUAUUAGUUAUAUCCAUAUAAACUCAGAGGGGAUUGUGUGUUUUUUCUGUAAAGUUUACCCCAGUAGCUCUGUUAAGUGAAAGGUAGACUCAACAGUGAUGUAUUCUGCAUAAAGAGUUACAGAGCUCCAGUAGCUAACUACUCAUGUGCCAUACUGUUGAAUGUACCUUUUGAUGUUCUGUUUUUGAUUGAGUCGAACACAAAUAGUCCACAUUGUUAGCAUCUGGUCUUCUGGUCUUAUUUUUUUCCCUCUGUGACAUCAAGCACUCCUGCGAUGUAACUUAUCUCCAAACUUAUGGUUUAGUUCAAUAAAAGUUCUUUAGCUCAA